GAUGUCCGUUUAUAGGAAGCUUGGUUAACUUUCUCGCGGUUGUGCUUUCUGUUUCGUCGUACUUCAAUUUGAGAUCUAAAGAAAAUUAGAAAAACAAAGGAUUGCACUUUCUGAACCGAGGUCUUUUAUCCAUUUGUCUCGAGUUUAUUUUCUUCUUCUUUUGGAUAAGAGAAAAAGAAAAAUGGGUGACUCGGACGACGAAUAUGACAAGAAGCGGCGGGACAAGUUUCAGGGCGAGAGGACCGAGUCUUACAGGAACGACAGGAGGAAGGAAGACGAUUGGGGCCGGUCGAGAGUCAGGAACGACUACAGGGAUCGCUAUCAGGGAUACCAGGAUAUGCCGCCUAACAAAAGGAUGAGAUUCGAACCGAACGAGGAUAUCCGUCGAAUGAGGUAUGAGCCACCAUACAACUCGUACAACUCCUGGGUGCCAGACAGUGUUAGCUAUCCGCCGGGGAACUCUAGAGGGGAUGUUGACACGCAGCCACCAAUUAUGACAUUCAAAGCAUUCCUGCAGACGCAAGAUGAUAAUAUUACGGAUGAGGAAGCUAUCUCAAAGUAUGCUGAAUAUAAAAUGGAGUUCAGGCGACAGCAGCUUAAUGAGUUCUUUGUCGCACACAAAGAAGAGGAGUGGUUUAAAUUAAAAUAUCAUCCUGAAGAGUCACAGAAGCGCAAAGAGGAACAAAUAUCAGCUUUGAAGAAAAGGGCGUCCGUGUUUUUGGAAAUGCUUAACAAGUCAAAGAUCGAUGAAGUACGUGUAGAUGCAGACCAGGGUGAUGCAGUUGUUAAACUUCUCGACUCUGUUGUCAUCCGGCUGGAAGGAGGUACUGACCUAGACCUCCAGGUACUUGAACUGACAGAAACUCCCCCUGAUAAGGAAGAUAAGAAGGAGAAAGAAAAAGAAGUCAAGGAGCCUGAUGGGGAAGAAAAAGACACGGACGAAAUCAAGGAAAUUAAGGAAGACGCUGAGGCAGAUAAUAUAGAAAAAGAGGAAAGUAAAGAAGAAAAAGAAGAAGGACCUCCUGGAGUUGAUGAUGAACCUUCAAAAGAAGACGAAAACUCCGAGAUUAAAGACAAUGGUGAGAUGAAAGAGGAAGAUAAAAAAGAACCAAAAGGGGAUGAUUCAGAUAAAGAGCAAAAUGAUGAAGUUGUCCCUCUUACUCCACGUCCUCUCCAUAAAACAUCAUCGAUUUUUCUUCGCACCAUCUCGCCCAGGAUUACAAAGCAAGAAAUUGAAACGAUUUGUAAAAAAUAUCCUGGAUUCUUAAGAGUUUCACUUUCAGACCCCCAGCCAGAACAACAUUGGAUUAGACGAGGCUGGGUCACUUUUAGAAGAGAUGUUAAUAUCAAAGAAAUAUGCUGGAAUAUCAACAACAUAAGGGUAAAAGAUUGUGAGAUGGGCGCAAUUGUGAACCGUGAUCUUUCUCGACGUGUUAGAAGUGUUUCUGGGCUGUCCGCUCACAAACAGGUGGUACUUCAUGACAUAAAACUUUGUGCGAGGAUAAUACAGGAAUUGGACGCUCGCUAUGGCCUCUGGGAAGAAGAAGAAUCAGCCAAGGAGACUGAUGCCAGCUCAUUCUGCCUUGCAAGCGGAAAUCCAGUACUCCGUGAUAUUACGGAAUUCCUUGUGGAGGAAGCACCAGCUGAAGAGGAGGAACUGCUAGGGGAGGGAGUUGUCACCGACGACUCAAAAAACAGGCAUUCCGCAGCUCUGAAAGUUCUCGAUCGUCUCCUCCUCUACUUGCGUAUCGUCUAUUCUGUUGAUUAUUAUAACAUGAGCCAAUAUACUUCUGAGGAUGAAAUGCCCAAUAGAUGUGGCAUAAUGCAUCUACGUGGAAUGCCAUCAAAUACUGAAGUUUCGCAACAGGAAAUAAAUGAUUACUGUGAAUCUUACAAGACAAAACUCGAACCAUUGGUUAGACCGCCUGAAACACUUUCAGAGGCAGAAUUGACUCAACUCGGUGCCAAAUCAGAAGAAGCCGAAGUCGAGAAGUUUAUACAGGCCAACACACAAGAGUUGGCAAAAGACAAAUGGCUGUGCCCACUUUCAGGUAAAAAAUUCAAAGGGGCUCAAUUUGUCCGGAAGCACAUUUUCAACAAAUAUUCAGACCAACUUGACGAAGUCAAAAAAGAAGUGGAUUAUUUUAACAAUUAUCUUAGAGAUCCAAAGAGGCCCCAAUUAGCAGAACAUCCUGGAAAUAGAGGAGGAAAGAAAGAUGUACCGUCUCCUUCAGAUCCUACUUUCCAUUACCAGUAUCCACCUUUUAAAGGUCGGGGAUUUGGCCAUUUUGGAGGACACCCGUUUGCCAGAGGGAGAGGUGGCUUUCCUCGUGGAAGGUCUGUGGAUUAUAGGCCAAUUAUCACUUAUAGGGACUUGGAUGCACCAUCAGAGCCAGAUGAGAUUAUAUAAAGUUAUUAUUUAAAAAAAAAAA